AAUUAUUUCUCCUUCAAGCUCAUGAAACAAAUCUUCGAGUUUUUAUAAUGGAUCAGCCUGGGCCUCCACUGUGUCAGGUCCGUGAAAUUUUCAACCUUCAAAUUCCUUAUAAUUCGUCAGAUGAAAUUUUGGUGCUUUAUUUUGUACAUUGUCUCUGGAAG